UCAAACAAAUUAAUUCAUUGGAACUCAAUAAUUUCUCAUCACACAAAUAUUAGUCUCGUUCAAAGAUAGGCAAAGUGAAGAUGGCAAAUAUUAAACCUCUUGAUGAGGAGCUACAAAGAGUUGCCAUUGAAGAGUUGGGUGAAGUUCCCAAAAGAAUUCCUGAAGAUUUAUUGGCCCUAAGACAAUGGCUGCAGCGCCAGCCACAUUUAAGAUAUCGUGACGAUGAUCAAUUUCUGAUACAAUUUCUCAGAGGUUGUAAAUACAGUUUGGAAAGAGCCAAGGAGAAACUAGACAUGUAUUACUCAUUGAAAACCAAAUAUCUUGAUAUGAUGAACUUGCUCAAUGUGCAUGAUGAGAAAUUCAGAGCAAUAGGUCGUUUGGGAUUUUUUCAGGCCAUGCCGAAGCCUUUAAAUGGCAUUGGGCCCAGGAUAGGCAUUCUUCAAUUCAAUUUCUCGGCCCACAAAUAUAACAUAGAGGAAAUGUUCCAAAUAGUUACAGCCAUGCAUGAACUGAUGAUAAUGCAGGACCCCUAUGCCUGUAUCAAUGGCAUCAUCUACAUUGUGGACUAUGCCAAGGCCACGGCAAGUCACUAUUUGCAAUUGACUCCGAAUUUUUGUAAAAAGAUUUUAUCAUUUAUGGAAAAGUCCAUGCCAUUUCGUAUUAAAUCUGUUUACUAUAUCAACACCUCAUCCGCAGCUCAGCAAUUUUUCAAGAUAAUAGUGCCAUUUAUGUCGGAGAAGCUACAAAAAAGGCUCCAUGUAAUGGGUGACAAUUUACAAGAGAUGCAACAGGAUCUAACUCUUCAAUGUCUGCCCAAAGAUUAUGGAGGAGAAAUGCCCUCGGUGGCGGAACUUGCUUUGGAAUAUGACAAGACAUGGAAUGACAAUGAAGAAUUCUUCAAACAGAAUGCUAAUUUUGGUACCAAUGAAAGUUUGCGGCCUGGCAAACCUUUGGACAUAGAUGGUUUAUUCGGUGUGGGGGGAACUUUUCGAAAGUUGAAUGUGGAUUAA